CAUGGGAAUCAGGAUGAUUUUGAAAAGAAUAGAUUACCACAAACAAAAGUGGCCGAAGAAGAUCUAAUGGAAAUUUCCAGGUGCCAAACAAAACUAGAUUCUGUAACUCAUAAGCUUGAUGAAUAUGAAAAAAAAUAUAAAGUCAAAUUACACGAAAGCAACAGCAUUCAUGUUUUUAGAAGAUACUUGAACAAGAUUUUAAAUGAAGUUGGAAGACUUGGACUACCCAAUGAUAACACCAGGGAAGUGCAUUACGAUGCUGAAAUCAUCCUCACCAGACAAUCAGUUAAUGAAAUUAACAAGUUCCUUAAGGAAGAAGGCUGGAAAUCUGCAUCUCUAGAUGAAGCCGUUAAUAGUAUCCUGAUUAAUUUUAGACCUCAUGAUUAUGAAACUUGGAAAUGGAAGUUUGAGGACACAUUUGGCGUUGAUCCAUAUAAUGUCUUCAUGGUUCUUUUAUGUUUAGCAAGUAUCUCAGUCAUCAUUGCGACAGAAUUAUGGACACGUGUUAGUUGGUUGACUCAGAUGAAGCGCCUUAUGAUCAUCAGUUUCCUCAUCAGUUUUGGGUGGAACUGGAUGUACCUCUAUAAG